AGUCAGAGGCUCUCACCCUCCCCUCUCCCCCAGGCUAUUUUGAGAGCACCUUUCUGGGCCUGGGGGGUAGGUAGCUUUUCUGGUGAAAGAAACACCAGGAUUGCAUCAGGGAGGAGACAGAGGCAGGGACAUUUGGUGCAGGAAGAGUGUCUGGACUGGGGUUGGUGAGGUUGAGGUCAGGAUGCCCACGUCCCUGCAGAGGACGCUUUGGUGGUGUGGCAUUCGCUGCCUUCCUGAUGAUCAAGGAAUGUCCCCGGGUGACCUAGAAAUUCAGCUGUGAAUCCACGUGCCAGAGGACCCCCGGAGUUCAGGCUAAGCAGCGAUCCUUUGAAUCUGCUCUCCCAGACGACCAGGAUCUGAAACAGAAUCUAUACCAUUCAGUUCUUCAAAACCCAGACUCCAGAGCUCGCCUGAGGACGUGAGCCAUUGAUGGGCUGGGCCGAGGCCGGGUUCGAGCACCUGGGACUGUGGGUCCCUGUGCUGGCUGUGCUUUUGCUGGAAGCCUGCCGGGCACAUCCGAUCCCUGACUCCAGCCCCCUCCUACAAUUUGGAGGUCAAGUUCGACAGCGGUACCUCUACACCGACGAUGCCCAGGAGACAGAGGCCCACCUAGAGAUCAGGGCCGAUGGCACAGUGGUGGGGGCUGCCCGCCAGAGCCCUGAAAGUCUCCUGGAGCUGAAAGCCCUAAAGCCAGGGGUCAUUCAAAUCUUGGGAGUCAAAACAUCCAGGUUCCUGUGCCAGGGCCCAGAUGGGACACUAUAUGGCUCGCUCCAUUUCGACCCUGUGGCCUGCAGUUUCCGAGAACUGCUUCUUGAGGAUGGGUACAACAUCUACCACUCCGAGACCCUUGGUCUCCCGCUUCGCCUGCGCCCCCACAACUCCGCAUACCGGGACUUGGCACCCCGCGGGCCUGCCCGCUUCCUGCCACUGCCAGGCCUGCUUCCAGCACCCCCAGAGCCUCCAGGGAUCCUGGCCCCGGAGCCUCCUGACGUGGGCUCCUCGGACCCUCUGAGCAUGGUGGGGCCUUCACAGGGCCGGAGUCCCAGCUAUGCUUCCUAAAGCCACGGGCUUUUUGUUAUGGGGUCUCCUCUUUAUUUAUUGGGUUAUUUAUCUUAUUUAUUUUUUUAUUUUUCUUACUUGGGAUAAUAAAGAAUCUGAGAGGAGGA